AUAGAGAGAAAACAACCCUAAAGCGUAUAAACUCUCUCUUUCUUUCUCCUUUUCCGAGAAGAAAAAGAAAAAAGAAAUUGUACUUUUUUUUUUUUUUCCGGAGAAAACAACCUUUCCCGCUUAAAAGUUUUUUUCCUUUUUACCUCUUUAAAGAUAAUUUUUUUUUCUUUUCUUAUAUAUUCAGUUGAAUAUUCAACAACCCUAUUUCUUAUUUCUUCGUAUAGGUCUAUCUCUCUCUUGUUGGAUUUUCUAGGAUCUCUCAAAGUCAUGGAGUUUCCUGAAAAGUCUCUUAAAGCGACGAUCCCGGUGAAAGCUCCGGUGAUGAGUUCAUCAAAGCCAGAGAAAGAAGAAAGAAAAGAAGAUGGUAAAGAAGACAACAAAGAAGAAGGAUGCACCACUCCAAUGGGGAAAGAACAUAGAAUUCCGCCGCAACUCGAGUGUCCUCCAGCGCCUCGACGAGGUACCUACCGGGGAAGGAUUGAGAAACGCCGAGAAAAAUCUGCCGGGCAAAGGAGUAUAUCUUUCAACGUUCAAGAGUUGGAUACUUUCUUCGCAAGAAUACAUGUUGCAGACGAUUCUUAAUUGAUACAUGCAUAUUCUAGAUUUCUAGCUAUUGAGUUUAGUUAAUUUCCUUUUAUUAACUGAAUAAUUUGCAGGUUUUUGUUUUAUUUUAUUUUGACUAUCUCAUUA